GUGGGCUCAAAGUUGAUUACCUGUCACAAGCUUGUCCUGGCUUGUGUAAUACCUUACUUCAGAGCCAUGUUUCUUUCGGAAAUGGCAGAAGCUAAACAAUCAUUGAUUGAAAUCAAAGAUUUUGACGGUGAUGCCAUUGAAGACUUGGUCAAGUUUGUGUAUUCCUCCCGGCUAAUGCUGACUGUUGACAAUGUCCAGCCUCUCUUAUAUGCUGCCUGCAUUCUCCAAGUGGAGAUAGUGGCCAAAGCUUGCUGUGAGUACAUGAAGCUGCACUUUCACCCUUCCAAUUGCCUGGCAGUGAGGGCCUUUGCAGAGAGUCACCACCGCAUUGACUUGAUGGACAUGGCUGACCACUAUGCCUGUGAACACUUUGUUGAAGUGGUGGAAUGUGAAGACUUUGUGAGUGUAUCUCCUCAGCACCUUCAUAAACUCUUGUCUUCAAGUGACCUGAGCAUUGAGAAUGAAAAGCAAGUUUAUUGUGCUGCUAUUAAAUGGCUUUUGGCCAAUCCCCAGCACCAUGCUUUAUGGUUAGAUGCAAUAGUUGCUCAGGUACGCCUGCCCCUGUUACCUGUUUGUUUCCUCAUGGGAGUUGUUGCAAAAGAACAAAUAGUCAAGCAGAACUUAAAAUGCCGAGAUUUGUUAGAUGAAGCAAGAAACUACCAUCUUCAUUUAAGCAGUCAUACAGUACCAGAUUUUGAAUAUUCUGUUCGGACAACCCCAAGGAAACACACAGCAGGUGUCCUUUUCUGUGUUGGAGGACGUGGCGGAUCGGGAGACCCAUUUCGCAGUAUUGAAUGCUACUCGAUAAAUAAAAAUAGCUGGUUUUUUGGCCCUGAAAUGAACAGUAGAAGGAGGCAUGUAGGAGUAAUCUCUGUAGGAGGUAAAGUUUAUGCUGUGGGUGGGCACGAUGGAAAUGAGCACCUAGGCAGCAUGGAAGUUUUUGAUCCGCUCACAAAUAAAUGGAUGAUGAAAGCAUCAAUGAAUACCAAAAGGAGAGGAAUUGCUCUGGCCUCUCUUGGAGGCCCCAUUUAUGCCAUCGGAGGCUUAGAUGAUAACACUUGCUUCAGUGAGGUGGAGAGAUACGACAUGGAAUCCGACCAGUGGAGCGGCGUUGCCUCUAUGAACACCCCUCGCGGAGGAGUUGGCUCUGUAGCUCUUCUGAAUAAUGUAUAUGCCGUUGGUGGGAAUGAUGGUGUAGCUUCUCUGUCUAGUGUGGAGAAAUAUGAUCCUUAUCUUGAUAAGUGGAUAGAAGUGAAAGAAAUGGGUCAGCGGAGAGCUGGCAAUGGGGUUAGUGAACUUCAUGGCUGUUUAUAUGUGGUAGGUGGUUUUGACGACAAUUCUCCACUUAGCUCGGUUGAGAGAUUUGACCCUCGCACUAAUAAGUGGGAAUACGUAGCAGAACUAACAACUCCUAGAGGGGGAGUUGGCAUAGCAACAUUAAUGGGCAAAAUUUUUGCUGUUGGAGGACACAAUGGGAAUGCUUACCUGAACACAGUGGAAACCUUUGAUCCAGUAGCAAACAGAUGGGAGCUGGUGGGCUCCGUGUCUCACUGCAGAGCUGGGGCAGGAGUUGCUGUGUGCGCUUGCCUAAGCAGUCAAAUUCGUGAUAUGGGUCAAGGUUCCAGCAAUGUGGUGGACUGCAUGUGAAUUUGGGUUGAAGCCUGCUAUGAUUGUGAAAUGCUUUCAGCCUCCUUUACUAUUGUACAAAGACUUCUGAAUGUUUAAAGCAAUAUAUGUAAAUAUACUAGGAUAUUUUUUUGUAUGAAAAUCUGAGUGCUGUGGAAGUUUUAAAAUAUUUACUUACAAUAAAAACUUGAAAAAAUA